AUGCCAGUAACAUACACCGAAAACCCCACAGACCCCAAGGUCACCGCAAAGUUCAACAACAAAGCAUCAAGCCAGUACUUCGACCCCUGCCAGGAGGCGGCGAACCGCUCGUUAAAGUGCCUGCACCGGAAUCCGGGCGAUAAGGAUAUGUGUACGGAUUAUUUCCAGGCGUAUCGCGACUGUAAGAAGAAAUGGAUUGAAGAGCGCAAAGAGGAGAAGCGGCGACAGACGAAGAUGUCGCUGUGCUUCAACACUCGGUGCGUCGUUCGGUUGGGGUGCAAUCACUUGGUCUACUACUCGGCGGAGACCCUCUAA